AUGAUCCAACUAAAGACAUUAUUAACUUGCAUCGACAACUCCGGCGCCUCGGUCGUCGAGUGCGUCAACGUCCUCAAGAAGAAGCGGCCCGCGACUAUCGGUGACCGGAUAGUCGUUGUCGUUCAGAAGCAGAGAGCCGCUGGUUCGGAGGGCUCAAGCGCCACCGCCCUCGCAAGCAAGGUCCGUCGCGGAGACAUUCGGCAUGCCGUCGUGGUCCGCGUGAAGAAGGAGCUGCAGCGGGAUGAUGGCACCGUCGUUCGGUUUGGAGACAAUGCCUGCGUGCUCGUGAACAAGGCGGGGGAUCCCAUCGGGUCACGGAUGAACGGCAUCGUGGGACAGGAGCUGCGCGGCAAGAAGUGGUCCAAGAUCUUGUCGUUGGCACCGGUGCACGUGUAA